ACUGCCUGCACGUUUUCCGCCUCCAGUGUGAACACCACGCGAGAAGUAUCUGCAAGUAACUUGCAGCUUUUACGAUUUAUUUCUAUUUCCUGCAAGUAGGAAGCGAUAAAAUGAAGGAGAAACGGGAAUGGAUGAAGCAGGAUACAGAACAUUUUAUUGAAGCCGUGAAGAGCUACCCCGAAACAUAGAACGUACAUAACUGGGACUUUAAGGAUGGAGUGAAGAAGAUGAGCGCAUUAAAUAAAGUCUCGUCGAUAUUCGACACAUCUCUGAAAGAAGUACACAGAAAAAGUAGCAUAACUUGAAGACACAGCCCCUUUGCCACCUGCAUCCAUUCGCUUGUAGUUUUAGGAGUCUGAAAAAAGACGCUGUGUAAUUAUUACAUGUUCUAUUAGGUUGUCACUUUCCAUUUUAUGAGCAUUAGGGGAAAAAACAUUUUUAUAAGCAUAUCAUUCUGUAAAAUACAGUUUAUUUCAAUGAAAAUUUAAUUUCAUUGUUGUAUUUUCACAUACCUUCAAAUAAUUUUCCUUUUUCAAGACGUAAAAAAUGGCUCUACAUACAUCGGGUACGAUCAGAGAAAUCGUGCUCACAGGAAUAUGAAUCAAGUACAUUAGGGAUUUGUAUGAGUCUCCUUCAAAGAAAAUUUUGGUUGUAUGUUUCACAUCAACAAAUGAAAAGGCCUAUUUUAUUCGCAGCUCACCUGUAGCUAUAAAUCGUAGUGACUAGCAAACGUUUCUUUGCUGAAAUAGCAGUACGGAAGUUUGUCUCGUUUUGAUAUGGCGGACGCUAUUAUCGUCAACAAACACUCCAGAUGAUUUGAGAACAUUCUGCAGAAAUUUCAGAAGUAUCCAUGCUCUCUUUAAUAAGUUCUUGCAAAAGGUUAUUAUAGGCACCAUUCUGCGAUAUUCUCAUUGUCCACUCUCUAACCCAAAUACUUCUGUUUUUCUUUUUCACGAUUUUCAUUACAAUUACAAGAGCUGCAGCAUAUCCCACCCGCCUACUUGUCAUUUUAUACUUCGGUGACACUCGUAGUGGUACUGAAAACAUAUGUAAACAGUAUCAGCAAGUUGUUGACGCAAGUUUCUUGCCAAAGAACUUGCGGAAGCAUCUUGCUUAAUUCUUGCGCUGCUGUGUAAACAAAGCUGCAAGCGGUUCGCAAUAACUUCUGCAAGCGACUUGCUAGUGUAAACCCAGCGGAGAACCGCUUCCUUUUCGCUACGAACAUCUUUGCUUAUGUUGAUAACACAGUGAUGUAGUGGGGUAAGGUUGUGCUAUCUCAUGUUGUUGCGUUGGACGAAAGCAGUUGAUCGUAGAACUUCACAGUGCUUAAGCAGUACGUGUCACGAUAUACACACACACAUUCAUAAUGAUUAAAAAUCUUGUCGGUCUCGUGACAGGAGGUGCCUCAGGUCUUGGGAAAGCAACAGCAGCCCGCCUCGUUCAGCAAGGAGCCCGUGUGGUCAUCUGUGAUUUGCCAACCUCUCAAGGAACAGCAGUUGCAAAAGAGUUAGGCGGAAAUGCGAUAUUUGCACCUGUAGAUGUAACAUCUGAAAACGACGUUCAAAAUGCUCUCAAUGUUGUGAAAGAUAAGUUUGGACGUCUGGAUGUCUUGGUCAACUGUGCCGGUAUUGGCGUCGCUUUUAGAACCUAUAAUUUUAAUAAAAAACUAGCACAUAAGCUGGAAGACUUCACAAAAGUUGUAACAGUCAAUGCCAUUGGGACAUUCAAUGUGACUCGUUUGGCUGUAGGUUUGAUAGGAGAAAACCAACCUAAUGAAGAUGGCCAGAGAGGAGUUGUUAUAAACACUGCUAGCGUGGCAGCCUAUGAUGGACAAAUAGGACAAGCAGCUUAUUCUGCAAGCAAGGGAGCUAUUGUUGGAAUGACCCUGCCAAUAGCGAGAGAUCUUGCAAUACAAGGGAUUCGUGUUUGUACAAUUGCUCCAGGUCUGUUUGAUACUCCACUGAUGUCAGCACUGCCUGAGAAGGUUCGAGCUUAUUUGGCGAAAAUGGUACCGUUUCCCCAAAGAUUGGGUAAGCCAGAAGAAUAUGCAAUGAUGGUGCAGUCUAUAAUAGAAAACCCAAUGAUGAAUGGUGAAGUGAUCCGUCUUGAUGGUGCUAUUAGGAUGCAGCCCUGAGUUGACUGACUGGCUUAAAAGAAAUUAAAUUCACCAGAAUUGGAAAUUGUUGUACAUAAACUAUGUUUUGUAAAUAUUAAUUUUUUAUAUGUUGAAAGUUAAAAAUAAAGUUUUGGAAGAAGUGUUGGCAUGUA